AUUUUCUAGUGGUUUUCUUUUUCAUUAGGAGCAAUGUCCGUUCCUCUCUUCAACCUUGCUCCGAAUUUGACAGUUUCAAGGCUCUGUCUAGGUUUGUCCAUGACUAUUCUCUUCUGUCGCCAUCACGGAUCUGCCAAAUUGGAAGCCUCUAAUUCUCUCUUGGUUUUAUCCUCAGGAACAAUGACUUUUGGGGAGCAUAACUCUCUUCCUCAGUCAUUUCGUCUUCUCGAUCAAGCUUUUGAAGCUGGAAUCAACUUCUUCGACUCUGCCGAAAUGUACCCAGUUCCUCAGCGUGCUGAGACUCCAGGGAAAAAUGAGGAAUACUUUGGUCAGUGGGUUAGAAAGAGGAAUAUCUACCGUUAUCGUGUUGUCAUUUCUACCAAGGUUACCAGGCCAUCUGGUCAAAUGAGUUGGAUUAGAGAUGGGCCAAAGUGUUUAGAUGCCAACAAUAUCACUGAGGCAAUAGAUGGAAGGUUAGUCCCAUAUGACGUCGCAGUUUCUGUAACGUUAAUUGCACUGGAAAUGACUCUGGAUUGGUCCCUCUUUGAAAUUGUUUUUGCAUUAAUUGUUACAUUUUAUGCUACCAUGCUGUGUAGAGUUUCAUUAUUACUUGUAGCAAGGGGACUCUCUUUCCAGUUCCUUGCCAUCCUUGCAUGUUAAGGUACCUUUUUUGUCUUAGAACCAAU